AUCAUCACUCUUCUCUUCCAAUUAUAUUAAGACUUCCACUCCCUCACUCAAUUCUUCUUCUUCGUCCUUCUUUUUCUAAGUUUGAUUUUCAAACCAAUAACACACGUAGCGGUUGAAGAAAAAAGAUAGAUGGAGUACUCUUGCAGCUGAAAUAUUCAUUGUUAAGUUUAUCCCGUCGUGUGAAAAGGUGAAGUUGACUAACAAGCUAAGGCUGUGUUUGUCUUGGUGUGAAAAGGAUCAGGUGUUGAACUGUGGUUUCCUGAUUUGCUACGCCAGCCGCCAUCUCCCUCUCCAAACAACUCCUCUUUUAUAUUUAAUUUGUCCCCUUCUCCCAUUCACUCCUUUAGCUUCAUCUGCGGUGAAGAAGAAGAAGAAGUUGAAAAACUGACGACAACUCCAAACCUCGAGAAUAUGGAGUCUGAGACUGUAAGCUCAAAUGGGGAAUUCACAGAAGAAUUUGAAGACAAAACUGCCCACAAAAUCAGAGUUUCUGAUCAUAUAUUGCAAUACACCAACCCAUCUGAUAGCUUUGUUGUGGAGAUGGACCGCUUUUCUCACCUAACACAAAAAACAAAUUCACGAAUUUCUAGGAGUCUGGCAAGAAAAGGGUCAGUGAAGAAAACCAAUCAUCAAAAUGCAACCAAUGAGAAUUCCAUCAUCGCAUCUUCAUCAUCACCAAGAGCUGCUUCGCACGUGACUGCGGGGGCGGCCGCCGAUUCCCCUGCGGCUGCUCUGCAACCCCUUAAUCAGAUAACCGUCGUUACCGGCGGCGACAUUAUCGGUUCCUCCCCGACUGAAAGAAGAAUCGGUGACAAGAAGUUUGGUUUCCGGCGCCUUCCGUCCUCUUCUUGGACCCUUCAUCCCAGAAGGAUCCUCCUCUUCUUUGCCACCUUGUUAAGAAGUAAAAGUGAGAGAAAAAUGCCACGUCAGGAAGUAAAAGUGAAGGAGUAGAAAAUGCAAUUCAUAGAACUCAUAUUGAUUAAAUUUUGAAAUUGUUGACAGGUCAAGCAUGGGAACCAUUUUACUGAUAUAUUUCACACUAUCCAUUGGCACCAAGCUUGGUGGAGAUGAAACUGCUCUUAAUUAAGAAUAUAAUGUUGGUCGAUCUGUGCCGUAAAUCUAAACCAACUGAUGUACACAUACAUAUAUCGAACAUAUACAUAUGUAGGGGUGGAGCCAAAAAACUUGCGUGGAAACAAUAUAGUACGUAGAAAAAAUUUAUCGUGUUAGUCGACAUUAUAAUUAAUCAUACUAUAUUAUUAUAUAUACCAUACAUAUUGAUAAUGAUUUUUAAUUAUACUCUGUGUAAUAAAGUAUGAAAUACAUAAUUAUA